CCUUGAAAAUUGCUAACGGUUCUACACAGAUGUCCGCUGUGAUUGAAGUGGCAUGCCCUCCAAAAGGCUAGAAACUCUCCUAUUUGACAAUGUGGGUUAAACUUUUAAGUAAAACGGGUGUUCGAACUUCCUGGUCUGUAUCUGUUUCUGAUUGGUGUAACUGAUUUCGUACUCGUAUGGAUUACCUCCACUGAUAAAAUAUUUACUGAAUGUGUUCACCCAAACGUUUAUUUUGCCCCUGUUUACAUGUGUAUUAAAAUGUGUACAUAUAUAUACAUAUAAUGUUGUGAUUUAUAAAGUAAACAAACCACUUAAUAAGAGCUUAAAGUCGUACAGGGAAUGUGAUGACUAAUUGUCAAAUUGGAAAAAAAAGUUGGAUAAUUAAAAGUAACUAACCGGAAGUAAAAAAAGAAACACUUGCUUUCUUAAUUGUUGGCAUUAGCAAUUUGGGAUUAUUACUAGUCGACGUGAAAAUGUCUAACACUACAGUAGCUCCAACACCAGACACCAGAACGCCCGCCAAGACAACAACCGAGUUAAUUCCCACAACAAACUCUACUGACAGUUUUACCAACGGUACAGUUACCACUGAAAUAACCACAACUAUAAAAGAAACAACGAGCCAGUUUCCUGCAACCACAACAAAUACCACAG